GAGUCUAGAUGAAACGAGGGAGAAGAUAUAGUGAAGCAGUGUCUGCACUGAUGAGCAGUGAGCGCCUCGGCCUGUUUCUCUUGUAUAAAUACAGUCCUUAAACCUUCUAUGGCUCCUUCCUCUUAAUUCCCAAACCCCUACCUUUCAAUAUAAAGCCGGAGUCCUUGAUUUCAAUUUGAAUUUCUUUCUGGAUCUCCGGCAGGCUGCGGCAAUGCCUCGCCGUGGCGCCGCCGCUGCGCAGUCCGAUGCCCUACCUCUCGUGGUAACACUCAAUUGCAUAGAAGACGUGGCGCUGGAGCAGGAAUGCUUGUCCGGCGUCGCGCAGGUGGAGCACGUGCCUCUCAGCCGCUUGGUGGAGUCGCGGAUCGAGUCUGCAGCGGCGGUUCUUCUCCACUCUCUGUCGUUUCUCCCCCGCGCUGCGCAGCGCAGGCUCCGCCCCUGGCAGCUUAUACUGUGCCUCGGGUCGUCCGACCGAGCCGUCGAUUCGGUUCUCGCGGCUGACCUAGGGUUGGAUAGGAUGAUUCACGUUGACGUGAGCCGAGCGGAGGAGGUGGCGGAUACUGUGAUGGCGCUUAUUUUGGGUUUACUUAGGCGUACGCAUCUGCUGUCAAGGCACGCGCUCUCAGCUUCCGGCUGGCUUGGCUCUGUGCAGCCGCUUUGCCGUGGAAUGCGACGAUGCAGGGGAUUGGUAUUGGGGAUUGUGGGUAGAUCUGCAUCCGCCACAUCUUUGGCUAAUAGGAGCUUGGCGUUUAAGAUGAGUGUGCUGUAUUUUGAUGUGCAACAGGGACAUGGUAUAUCAACCAGAUCUUCCUUAAGAUUUCCAGCUGCAGCCAGAAAGAUGGAUACUCUUAAUGACCUGCUUGCUGCUAGUGACAUCAUAUCGCUGCACUGUGCUCUAACUAAUGAGACUAUUCACAUUUUGAAUGGAGACUGCGUGCAGCAUAUAAAGCCUGGCGCAUAUCUUGUAAAUACUGGGAGCAGUCAGUUGCUGGAUGAUUGUGCUGUGAAACAGCUCUUGAUUGAUGGCACACUUGCAGGCUGUGCGCUGGAUGGUGCGGAGGGCCCACAGUGGAUGGAAGCAUGGGUUCGAGAGAUGCCCAAUGUUCUCAUACUUCCUCGGAGUGCAGAUUACAGCGAAGAGGUGUGGAUGGAAAUAAGGGAGAAGGCAAUAUCCAUAGUGCAGCAAUACUUCACUGAUAAUGUCAUUCCUAAGAACACUGUAUCUGAUGAUGAAGAAGAGGAAAGUGAGGUGGGUAAUGAGAAUGAACAGAGCCUCAUGCUGGAUACCGAAACUUCACAUCGAGCUUCUGAUGGUGAUAGAUUAAUUGAUGAUGUUCAUCUAGUUGCUGAAAGCUCGCAGCGCAAGAUUCUAAAUGAGUCAAAAGUGAAUUCAUCUCAGAAUCAAGGUUCUGCUAUGUCUCCAAGUACUUCCAAUAAAUCUGAUGUAAAGAGAAGCAGAUCGAGUAAGAAGGCCAAAAAGAGGCAUGCCCGACAAAAAUCCCACAAUAAAAUGGGCGACAUCGUGACUUCCGAAAAAGAGAGUACAUCAAACAGAGAGGAUGAUGAUGCUAUGAGUGGCACAGAUCAGGCUUUCAGUUCUCAGUUGGCUUCUCCAGAAGAUUCAAGGAGCAGGAAAAUGCCUGUAGAUUCAAAAACAGUUCCACAGGAGCAGCUCCUUAGAUCAAGCCUAGAACUUAACAAGGAAUUAGGUGAAGCUUUGAAAGAUGGCUAUAUCAUAGCUUUGCAUGCAAGAGACCCUCCUGCAUUUUACGUCUCGAGGCAAAGGGUUAAUGGAGGUGGUUGGAUCCUCGACACAUUGUCAAAUGUAACAAAAAGAGACCCUGCUGCACAGUUCCUUGUUGUAUUUAGAAGCAAGGACACUAUUGGUCUUAGAUCAUUUACUGCUGGAGGAAAGCUAUUGCAGAUAAAUAGAAGAAUGGAGUUUGUAUUUGCUAGCCAUAGCUUCGAUGUAUGGGAGAGCUGGACACUUGAAGGUUGUUUGGAAGAAUGCAGACUGGUGAACUGCAGAAAUCCCCUGGCUGUGCUGGAUGUGCGCAUUGAAAUUGUUGCAAGUGUAGGCGAGGAUGGGAUCACGCGCUGGCUUGACUAGGCUAGGCUUGCUGUGAAAGAAAGAAGGCCAUCGAGACUUGUAUUGCCAUAGACGGCCUUUCAACUUGGGGGCAUCGGGAAAAGACUAUUGGAGGGCAACGAUCAACCUCUUCAUAACCCAAUUUUGUCAUCCUCACAUUUGGAAUGGACUGAGGUGUAAUUCUACCACAAGUUUGGGAAUUUCAGUUCAGAAUUGCCCAUUCACCAUCUUUUGGCUUUCAAUCAAAAGAAUCUUCAAUUUGAAUUUCCUCCAAUUUUGGAUUCAUAUACAAGUUCCAAUGAACACUGUCAUAC